AUGUACACUUUUUCUGUCUUACUGAACCUAGUACUAUUACCCCAAUUGUCAUUCAGCAUGGGCGACGACAGAUAUUACACUUUGGCCGAAGGCCGCCCCUUUGCAAGCAACAGCACGGCAGUUCUGAUGCGGAAUAGACAGGGCGGCGGGCUCGGAUUGCUUCAAGAUACCCAGCUCAUUGAGACCUUGGCCCAUUUCUCUCGCGAGAGAAUCCCGGAGCGAUCUUAUGGCGAGUUCGAAGCCACCCGCGAUUGCUCCGACUUUACCUGCGCUAGCUUCCUCAACAAGGUCGGAAAGAAAACAUCGGUGCUUCAGCGCGUGUCAACCAUCGGGCCCGAGUCAGGAUCUGCUGAUACCUCUCGCGAUGUGCACGGGUGGUCAAUGAAGCUCUACACAGACGAGGGAAACCUGGACUGGGUUUUCAACAACAGUCCGGUCUUUUUCAUUCGCGAUGCGAUCAAGUUCCCAUCAAUGAACCGCUCCCAUAAGAGGCACCCCCAAUCCCAUCUUCCUGACGUAAACAUGUUCUGGGAUUUUCACGUCGGCAACCCUGAAGGCAUACAUCAACUUAUGAUCCUAUUCAGCGACCGCGGUACUCCAAAAUCGGUUCGCCACAUGAAUGCGUACAGUGGACAUACAUAUAAGUUCACCAAGGCAGAUGGCUCAUUUAAAUAUGCCAAAAUACACAUCAAAACGCAGCAAGGAAUACAGAAUUUCAGCCGCGAAGAAGCUGCCAAGGUUGCCGGAGAGAACCCUGACUAUAUGAUCCAGGACAUGUUUGAUGCCAUCGAGAGAGGCGACUACCCUGUUUGGAAUAUCUACGUCCAGUUGAUGAGCCCCGAAGAGGCCGAGAAAUAUGAAGUGAAUAUCUUCGAUAUUACCAAGGUCUGGGCACAUAAGGAUUUCCCUCUACAGCAUAUUGGUCGUCUUACUAUGAACCGCAACCCGCAAAAUUAUUUCGCAGAUAUUGAGCAGGCUGCAUUUUCGCCAUCGACGAUGGUUCCGGGAUUCGCUGCGUCUGCUGAUCCAACACGACUCUUCGCGUACCCCGACGCGGCCCGUUACCGACUCGGGGUGAACUACCAGCAACUCCCAACCAACGCUGCCAAGGCCCAAGUCUACUGCCCUUUCCAGAGGGACGGAAGGAUGCGACUUGACGACAACUAUGGCGGGGACCCUAAUUACGUUGGCUCCUCGAUCAAGCCCACUAAGUUCUACCAAGAUGUGAAAGGAUCAAACCCUGUAGCAUUGUCCCUACAUACCGAUCAUGAAAAGUGGGUGGGAGAGGUUUCGGCCUACACCAGCGAGAUCACCGAUGCAGACUUUGUCCAGCCCGCAGCAUUGUGGGACAUUAUUUGCCGGGAGCCUGGUCACCAGGACAGGCUUAUUGAGAAUCUUGUCCUCAGCAUCAAGGGGGUUAAGUACCCGGAAUUGCGCAAAGGUGUCUAUAGCCUUUUUAGUCGUGUCAACAAGGACCUUGGGUUGAUGUUGGGAGAGCGUACCGAAGCAGCAAUCAAGGCCACAUGA